AUGUUUCCUUCUACCAUAUCUUGUUUGGUGGCCCUGUCUCUGAUGAGCCAGGGUCUAUUAGCUCAGAAGCAACCAGAAAACGUCAUUACUGAUGAUACCUACUUCUACGGUCAAUCGCCACCGGUUUAUCCUACACACACCGGAUCAUGGGCCGCGGCCGUAGCCAAGGCCAAGAACUUGGUGUCCCAAUUGACUCUCGAAGAGAAAGUGAACUUGACAACAGGAGGUCAGACAACCACCGGGUGCUCUGGCUUCAUCCCAGGUAUUCCCCGUGUAGGCUUUCCGGGGCUGUGUUUAGCAGACGCUGGCAACGGUGUCCGCAACACAGAUUAUGUGAGCUCCUUUCCUUCAGGAAUCCAUGUCGGCGCAAGCUGGAACCCGGAGUUGACCUACAGUCGGAGCUACUACAUGGGUGCCGAGGCCAAAGCCAAGGGUGUCAACAUCCUUCUUGGUCCAGUAUUUGGACCUUUGGGCCGAGUUGUUGAGGGAGGUCGCAACUGGGAGGGCUUCUCCAAUGAUCCCUACCUGGCGGGCAAGUUGGGGCAUGAGGCUGUCGCUGGUAUCCAGGACGCCGGAGUCGUUGCGUGCGGGAAGCACUUCCUUGCUCAAGAGCAGGAGACUCACAGACUUGCGGCGGCCGUCACUGGGGCUGAUGCAAUCUCAUCGAAUCUCGAUGACAAGACAAUCCAUGAAUUAUAUCUCUGGCCUUUCGCUGAUGCAGUCCACGCCGGACUCGCCAGUGUGAUGUGCAGCUACAACAGAGCAAACAACUCACACGCCUGCCAAAACUCCAAGCUUCUUAAUGGCCUCCUCAAGGGUGAAUUAGGAUUCCAGGGAUUUGUUGUCUCGGACUGGGGCGCUCAGCAGUCUGGUAUGGCUUCAGCGUUGGCUGGCUUGGAUGUUGUGAUGCCCAGCUCGAUAUUGUGGGGUGCCAACCUUACCCUUGGUGUGAACAAUGGAACUGUUCCCGAGUCACAGGUUGACAAUAUGGUAACGCGACUUCUUGCAACUUGGUAUCAGUUGAACCAGGACCAAGAUACUGAAGCCCCCGGCCACGGACUCGCUGCUAAGCUUUGGGAGCCUCACCCAGUAGUCGACGCUCGCAACGCAAGUUCCAAGCCUACUAUUUGGGAUGGUGCUGUUGAAGGCCAUGUUCUUGUCAAGAACACCAACAAUGCACUGCCAUUCAAGCCGAAUAUGAAACUCGUCUCUUUGUUCGGAUACUCCCACAAAGCUCCUGACAAGAACACCCCGGAGCCCGCCCAAGCCAUGUUCUCCCCCUGGUCCGUCGGUGUCCAAUCUGCCAACCUCACUGAGCUGAAUACCGGCUUUCUCGGAAACCUGAGCCUCCAUUACUCCGCCAUUGCGCCCAACGGAACACUUAUUUCUGGUGGAGGCUCGGGUGCUAAUGGAUGGAGUGCGAUCAGCUCACCUUUCGAUGCUUUCGUUACACGCGCAAGGAAGGAGGGUACUGCUCUAUUCUGGGAUUUCGAAAGCUGGGAUCCUAGCGUCAAUCCUACUUCUGAAGCUUGCAUCGUCGCUGGUAACGCAUGGGCAAGCGAAGGCUGGGACAGACCCGCUAUUUAUGACGCCUAUACUGAUGAGCUUAUCAACAACGUCGCUGACAAGUGUGCCAACACUAUUGUUGUUCUUCACAACGCUGGAACACGCCUUGUGGAUGGCUUCUUUGGUCACCCCAACGUCACAGCGAUCAUCUACGCACAUCUUCCGGGCGAGGACAGUGGAGACGCUCUUGUCUCAUUGCUCUAUGGCGAUGAGAAUCCAUCGGGCCGUCUCCCGUACACUGUUGCCCGCAACGAGACUGACUAUGGUCACUUGUUGAAGCCAGACUUGACUCUCGCCCCCAACCAGUUCCAACACUUCCCCCAGUCCGACUUCUCUGAGGGUAUUUUUAUUGAUUAUCGGCACUUCGACGCCAGGAACAUCACUCCCCGUUUCGAGUUUGGUUUCGGCCUGAGCUACACAACCUUUGAGUAUGCUAAUCUCCAAGUCUCAAAGUCCCAGGCCCAGACCCAGGAAUACCCAGCUGGUGUUCUUACCGAGGGAGGUCGUUCAGAUCUGUGGGAUGUCGUUGCUACUGUGGCAGCAAACGUCAGUAACACUGGGUCUGUUAACGGCAAGGAGGUUGCACAGCUGUACGUUGGUGUUCCUGGUGGUCCUGUGAGACAGCUACGUGGCUUCACGAAGCCAGCAAUCAAUGCUGGAGAGACGGCCACCGUGACCUUUGACCUUACACGCCGGGACUUGAGUGUUUGGGAUGUUAUUGCGCAGGAGUGGCAACUUCAGCAGGGAAGCUAUGCUAUUUACGUCGGCAGAAGCAGUCGAGAUCUACCUCUACAAGGUACUCUGAGCAUCUAG